GAAGUAAAGGAUUGACUGGAAAAUUGAAAGUUCUGGAAAAUUUAGAUUGUUGGUCAAGAAUCAAUGACCACCUUAGAUGACCAUUGGUGAUUAGAUAAUUAAAUCGUGAUGAUGAUGUUGAUGAUGCAGGAAAAAAACAAGAGAGGAGGAAGAAAAGAGGAAGAUGAGGAAAGAAGGAGGAGAAAUGAUGAUAAUCAGGAUAAAUUGACUGUUGAAAUUUUCCCGUUUACAAGUUGAGUUGAUUGUUGAGAACAACAAUUUAAAAGUAUAAAGAUGAUGUUGUCAGCAUUGAAAUUGAUUCAGUGUUAAUUUGAUUCACAAUCAGAUCACAUCAUCAUCAUUAUCAUCAUAAGCUUUCAAGUUCAAUAGUAAUUGAAUAAUAAGAAACCUAAUUUGGUGAAUAUAAUUUAUUAUUAUUGUGAGUUUUCAAUUUGAUUUUCCAACCAUCUCAGUCAAAGUUAAUCAUGUCUUCAGUUGAAGUUCAAUCGACAACAAUUAAUUCAUCAUAUUCAUCAACCGAUCAGGGUAAAAGUAGAACCAACAAAUCGAAACCAUUGGUUGACAAGAUUCGUUCAACUGUCAUGGAAAUUUACUCAUCGGAACCCGAAACUUUUGACCCAAUUGACAUCGAACGUGUAAAAACCGAUGAUUGGUACAUUAAGCGUUUCCUUUUGUCCCAAAGUAAAAAUGUAAAAUCAGCGACCAACAUGUUAAUUGAUUCACUUAAAUGGCGUAAAUCUUAUGGUGUUAAUCAACUUGAUCUACGAUCGUUUCCAUGUGAAAUCUAUCGUUUGGGUGCUUUUUUCGUCUACGAGCACGAUAAACAGGGUCGGGAGGUUUUAUAUGUUCGUGCCAACCUUUUCCGUCGUUCAAAAGAUUUAAGGCCAGUUUUGGUUCAAUAUGGAGUAACAAUCGGCUGCCAGGUUGAAAAGGCCUCGAAAAAUGGAGUCACUUGUGUAAUCGACUUUAAAAAUUUAUCCCUUGCCCAUGUUGACCUGGAAAUUAUGAGGAUCAUAAUCACAACGAUAGUUAAUCAUUUUCCGCUUUUCGUUCAACAAUUUCUUGUUUGUAACAUUCCCUCAGUACUUCAGAUGAUCUCAUCUCUGGUGAUUAACUUAAUUCCCUCUUCGGGACGUAACACAUUGACCUUUGUUAAACCCGAAGAUUUAACUAAAUACAUUGACUCCGACAAGAUUCCUGAUUGUUUGGGUGGAACUUGUAAAAAACCUUGGAAAGGAUCGGGUGUAGUUCCUAAUGGUUGUCCUAAUUUCCUCGAAUUUGCCAAACAAAUCGGUUGGACCAAUCAACAAUAUCGAUCAAUUUAUAAAACAUUCAAGUCAAUCUUUGAAAGUGAAGGUAUUGAGCCAAUGCCCGAACCUGUUGAUUAAAUACUCGUUUUCAUGUUAAUACCAAAAUAAUAAAAAUCACAUCAUCAUGA